GCACGCGCUCACACACAUGGCCGCUGCUUCACAUUUCUUCUUUCAGAUUCAGUUUUGUCAAGAGAACAAGACAUGAAGAUUAGAUUCCUUGGAUGAAUAAUGUAGCCCGUUAGGUCAAAGUUCAAAGGAGUGUAUUAGUGUUUCUGCUGUGUUAUUCGCUAACAUAUUUGUUUUCUCAAAGACCGGAAUUAAGUUUAAUUAAUAGUAACAUCACGCUGGAGUUGAACUUUAAAAAAAAAAUUAAUAACAUUUUUACAAUUUGAGGAGUUUAAUUCAUUGUUUAACACUGCUGGUCACGUGAAAGGUGAAGGCCAUGGGAUGCCUUCAGUCCAAGAAAGUUGAGGAGAACUAUCUCCUCCAGAGUCUGCAAGAACAUGAGCGCGGAAUCAACGCCAUGGCGGUCAGUGAGGAUGGGUCAGUACUGGCCACAGCUGGCGAGGACAAAACAGCUAGACUCUGGAGUACCAAGACCGAGCAGUGUGAGUGUAUCGGAGUCCUCCGAGGUCACACGGAUUAUCUGAAUUGCAUCCUGAUUGAAGAUUGUUUUGUCCUGACCGGAAGUGCCGACAAAACAAUCAGGAAGUGGGACGUCGGCACGUGCGAGUGUCUUCUGAUUUUAACUGGCCAUUCAAGUGUCAUUUACAGAAUGAUCUGCACUGGAGAUUUUAUCUUCUCAAGCUCAUACGACAGAACCGCCCGGGCCUGGGACUUUGACACAGGAGAAUGUGUCCGCGUGUUCAGGGGUCACAAGAGGGGCGUUUACCCCCUGAUCUUCAUUCCAGCCGACCAGGACGACGACGAAGAGCUGGAGGUCGGCACCCCUAAAGACAUUCUCAUCACGGGGUCCGCUGAUUUCACGGCGAGGACCUGGAACUUUGAAACCGGCCAGCUGAUGAAAGUCAUGAAAGGUCACACCGGAGCCGUCACAUGCAUGUCCGUUGACCCCACAGGGCGCGUGCUGUUUACCGGAAGUACGGAUUUUACUAUUCGGAGCUGGAAUUUGUACAAAGGCUCUCAGUUGAAAACUUUUGAAGGACAUCAAGGCUCAGUAAUCUGCAUGACGGUUGUCAACAAACUUAUCUACAGUGGUAGCUCUGAUCACACUGGCCGGGCCUGGGUCGCCGAGUUUGGGGACUGCACUCGAAUAUACAAGGGACAUAAGCACACAGUUAGUGUUAUCAAAGUCUAUGAAGGAAUGGUCGUCACAGCCUGCGGAGACACAGUGGUUAGGGUGUUCGACGCCAAGUCAGGGGCGCUCAAACGGACGAUGAAAGGUCACACCAGCACUGUCACUGCUAUGCAGGUCGUUGACGGCAAACUCUUCACCUCUUCCUACGACGGCACCUUGAACGUCUGGGACGUGGCCAACAUCGACGGCGACAGCCAACUCCGAAACUACGUGGCCGUCCAGAACAACAGCGGCGCCAACAAUAACAACAACAACAACAACGACAAGGCCAAGGAGAAGCACAAGAUGAACGACGUGGACAAGUUUGGCGGACUGCAAGACAUCCCCGGGCAGGUCAAGGCCAAGGAAGCGGACAGAAUUGUCAUUGAUUAGCGGAUCUAGAUAGGAACACCUAGGUCAAAACAAUAAUAAUUGAAAUUUAUUAUUUGGUUCUAUAUUUUCAAGAAACAAAAUGACCAAAGAAAAAAGCAAAAAAAAUAUCAGACACAGGGGCGUAGUAAAGGGGGGGAGCACUAUGCCCGGGCGCCACCCUAAGGGGAGGCGGCAUACGCAGUUUAUAUUUCUAUGUGAUGUUAAUGGAAAAUGGGAGGGGGGGCGCCAAUAAAAUACCUUGCCCCGGGCGCAAGUUUUGCUCACUACGCCUCUGAUCAGACAUUAUAUAACAUAUUGAUUUUGGGCUUUUGUUUAAAAGAACAUUGCAUACUUUUCAUAUGUCACAUUUUGUCUAGCUUUGUAUGAAUUUUUUUUUCAUUUCAGUCACAUGAUAACCUGCACAUCCUGUUGCAUACAUUGGAAACCUGUUUUUCUUUCAAUUAUAUUAAGUACAUUAAAUUGUUAUACAUAACACCGAAGAAUACAUACAACAUGUAUUAGGAGUUUUCUGAGUGCAGUCGUCUUGACUGAAUGUUAUACAAUAUCUACUCCAAUGGUGACCAAAUCAACUUACUUUUACAGUUUAUAGGGACUAGCACAAGAGUCAAUACUCUCCUAAAACAUUUACAAAUUAGACAUAAUUAUACACAAUGAUGAGAAUAUUUAUUUAUUUAUUUUUUUAUAUAGUUUUUUAUUUGUAAGUUCUCAUAAUUCACAAGUAUUAAAUCAUAAACAAUUGAAAAGUGAUUAACCUGAAAAUAUAAUAAAAGUAAUAGAAAUACUAUUUAAUAUCAAAGACAUACUACCUAACUAUUGAAACCACUAAAAAUGAUAUAAGGAUCCUCUACCCCAGAACAAACAACACAAUAUCAAAUAUCCCUGACCCCCAACACCCCAUUUCUGGAAUACUGUCUGAGUAUUGUACAAGUGUAUGAAAAUCAAACUAGAUAAUUCUCUACUCUAAUAUCAUUAUUUUUUCUUAAUGUCAAUUCUAAGUGAUUAGGAUCAAACACUUUAUUAUUGUGUUAAGCUUUGAGCCAGCUACCCCAAACAAGAUUCCUGUAUUCGGAAACAAUAAUCAAGUUCAAAUUACAUUGAAAUUUAUUUUUCUAGUUUUGGCAGCUUGUGUAAAACAAUAGACAAGUUAACAUUCACAUAGUUGCCACAGUUAGCUUCUAAUAAGUCCCUUACAGUACUCUUUACUUAAGGAAUAAGGGACACAAUGAUGAGAAUAUUUAUUAGAAUAUUAAACAUAAACAUGGACAUUACAGCAUAAUAAAUCUUGUAAUUGUUAUUUUUCUAUAUAAAUAUUUUCGGUUUUACAAGUGGGGAUAAAGUUAUUGAAUAAGAGAAGCAACUUCAUUACUUGCACAGUGCAUUAAAAAAUAAUGACUUCCUUUUCGAUCAAAUGGGACACAUUCAUAGUGUAGAUUUAUCUUCAUUAUCAUCUCAAUCCUUCUCUAUGGUGUGUAACUCUUACUUUAUCGUAUCAAUUAGAGACCCUUUUUUUUCUCAAAUGAGAAGAUAUUUAUAUACUAAUAUGAUUCUGAUCAUUGACUGACACAUAUGUCUAAAUCAGGGGUUCUCAACCUGUGUGUCGCGACCCCCUUGAGGGUCGAUUGACGAUUUGCCAGGGGGUCGCCUAAGACCAUCGAAAAUAUGGAUUGUAUUUGUCUACUCUUCUAUUGCUGUAUGUGAGUGUCGGGAGUGGGGGGUUGUAAAAAGGGGUCGCCGAGAAUAAAAGGUUGAGAACCGCUGUUCUAAAUGUUCCCAAUAUCAUCUUGUUCGAUGCAAUAAUAUCAGACCACGUAGAGCGCGCUGACAAAGGAAGGUUGCAUGAUAAGUGUGGGGGGGGGAGGACGCUUACAUGACAGCAUAGUUAGUUGCAGGCUUAAGUAGCAAUGAAUUGAUCGAGGAGGGAAGCUAAAGGAUGACGCAUGAUUUGACCUACAUUUGUUGCCGAAUGUAGUCAGUCGCUGUACAGUAACUGUAACAGCCAAAUGAUUUUGUGUCUUUAGACAAGACUAAAAGCAGUAACUUCAAACACUACGAGUUGCCAUGCUAAACUAGAUCUCAAAGUAAAAGUUUCGUUAGAAAUUAGAUCUCCAAGGAAACGUUUUGUAAUAAACUAGGUCUCCAAGUAAACUUUUUUGUAUAAACUAGGUCUCAAAGUAACUUUUUUGUAAUAAACUAGGGCUCCAAGUAAACUGCUCGUAUGAGACUAGGUCUCCAAGUAAACUGUUCGUAGGAAACUAGGUCUCCAAGUAAACUGUUCGUAGGAAACUAGGUCUCCCAGUAAACUGUUCGUAGGAAACUAGGUCUCCCAGUAAACUGUUCGUAGGAAACUAGGUCUCCAAGUAAACUGUUCGUAGGAAACUAGGUCUCCAAGUAAAUUGUUCGUAGGAAACUAGGUCUCCAAGUAAACUUUUUUGUAAUAAACUAGGUCUCUUAGUAAACUGUUAGUAGGAAACUAGAUCUCCAAGUAAACUUUUUUGUUAUAAACUAGGUCUCCAAGUAAACUGUUCGUAGGAAACUAAGUCUCCCAAGUAAACUUUUUGUAAUAAACUAGGUCUCCAAGUAAACUGUUCGUAGGAAACUAGGUCUCUAAGUAAACUGUUCGUAGGAAACUAGGUCUCUAAGUAAACUGUUCGUAGGAAACUAGGUCUCCAAGUAAACUGUUCGUAGGAAACUAGGUCUCCAAGUAAACUGUUCGUAGGAAACUAGGUGGUCUCCAAGUUAAAAUUUUCCGAAUAAAAUGGAGUAAAAAUAAUUGCAACAAAGAAAAACAAGAAUUCAAUGUUGAAAGCAUCAAUUGAAAUAAUUAUUUUGCAAAAAGUGAAAUGUAUAUUGCCGAUUGCCAUUGAUCUAAUUUAAAAUACAAAUGUCAUUUAAAAAUGUAUCAGAUUACUUGUAAGGUCAUUAAAAUAAUAAUAAACUAUCAAAAGCGGUAUAUCCAUAUAAGGUAUAUAAGGCACUACAUGGAUGUGAAUGUGACUUUUUGUUUUGUAUUUGUAUAUAUAUAACGUGUAUCUUUUGUAACAUUAUGUUUGAUAUUCUUAUAUAAGAAUAUAAAUACUCUAUACAAGAUAUUCCAGUAAUAGUUCUUAUUUCUCUUGGGUUAAGGCUUUCACGUAGAAAGAAUUUUUAUUUAUAUUGUACUGGUUAUAAAGCGCACACUAUCGUCCAGAAAUUCUAUUUUUUUCUCUAUUUGAUUCGUGACUGGAUGUUGCUCAAAAUGCCAAAAUUUCUAUGACGUGUCUUUUCAAAACUAUUAUGAUAAUUUCCCCUGUCUUCACUCUUUGCUUGUUGUCCUUGAACGAGUUAACGUUUCCUCUUUGUAAAGUCAGGAAGGAAAACUAUGAAUCUAAACCUCGUCUGCAAUGGAGCUAAAUUGAAACACGGAAAAGGGAGUAAACCUGGGGGGAAAAUAAAUAUGACCAUAACCCUUAGGCAGAUGUCACACAGCGUGCUACACUCUGGCAGACGAUUCAACGCUGAUGACCCUAAAACAUAUCGGCUAAAGCCGUUCAUUAGGACUUAACGGCGGCUUUGAUGGGGGGUAGGAGAGGGGAGGCAACAACGUCUUGACCAAAGCCCAUGCCCGGGACACCAUCUCGCUGUCCACAAGAUGUGCCCUAGUUCGUCUAACUAUAACAAUUUAUUUGAAUAGAAUAAUUUUACAUUUCCAAUGUGUUUCAUUUUUAUAUGUAUUUUAUUUUCUUAACUUUCAUUGACUAAAAUAUCAAUUAAAUUUCUGGAAAUGUUUCCCAAUUUACAUAGACAAAAAUGUAUCAUAUUUUGUUUCGUCUGUUACAAUAAAUGUAUAUUUUCAUGUUGUAUGUUGCCAUUGUAAUGAAUCCAAACUAAUAUUUUUUGAUCCAAAACACGCUCUGCCUACAUCAUUGCAAAUGUGCAUAUAAAAUUGUGGAUAUAAACUUCAACAUUUUGUUAUAUUAAAGUUAAUUGUUCGA